CGAAGCGGCGCUAUUGGAUAAUUAUAGGUGACGCAGCAGGCCUGGAAAAAAACGCCGAGAAGUAGUUAAGAAGGCAGUCAGUAACUUUGGGAAGAGGUUUGAGUUGAGCUUUAAAGCUACAGGAAGGAGGAAAGUGGGGGGGAAAACAAAUCACAGCGAGUGGAAGAAGCACAGGGAGAGAGAAGCGUGUUUGAAAGGGAGGCAGCGUGAAGUCGCACGGCGGAUGAUGGUACAGCACAGCGAGACAGAGAGCGGCGCGUCCCGCGAGGCCACCGACACGGAGGAAGCCGAAAUGAGCGUCUGCAGCCCAGUGCCGCCAAAACCAGACUGGUGCCGGACAGCCAGCGGCCACAUCAAGCGGCCAAUGAACGCGUUCAUGGUGUGGUCUAAGAUCGAGCGGAGGAAGAUCAUGGAGCAGUCCCCGGACAUGCACAACGCCGAGAUCUCCAAAAGACUCGGCAAGCGCUGGAAAAUGCUGAAGGACAGCGAGAAGAUCCCGUUCAUCCGGGAAGCGGAGCGGCUACGCCUGCAGCACAUGGCUGACUACCCAGACUACAAAUACAGACCGAAGAAGAAGCCAAAGCUGGACAAUUCUUCCAAACCGGGCGCGCUGUCUCCGGAGAAAAACGGCAACAAGGCUGUCAAAGCAGCGCCAAAGAAGUGCACGAAGGUGAAGCCCAGCAAGCCGGGGAACGUCGGAGCCGGCGCCAGAGCCGCGCAAGACGUCCGGUGCAACUACGCGUUCACGCACUUGAAAGUAAGCAAGUCGGUCAAGAGGGAACUGACGGACGACGAAGACGACGACGAUGAUGAGGACGACGACGACGACGAUGAUGAGGACGACUACGACGACGAGUCCCCCGUGCGCUUUAAAGUCGAGGACGACGAGGAGCACCUGAGGCCGUACGGCGUGGCCAAAGUGCCGGCGAGUCCCACGCUGAGCUCGGCCACGGAGUCGGAGGGCGCGAGCAUGUACGAGGAGUCGUCCGGGCGCGCGAGCGCAACAGCCAAUUCCAGAAUGUUUUACAGCUUCAAGAACAUCACGAAGCAGCAGCAGCAGCAGCCUCACCAUCACCACGCCAGCAGACCUUCCACGCUCUCACCGGCUCCGUCUUUCCGCUCCGCGUCCAUCUCGUCGUCAUCGUGCGGUGAGGACGCGGACGACCUGCUGGUCGACUUCAGUUUGAACUUGGCGGCAGGCGGAGAGCCGAACAACCACACUUCAGGGAACUUGUGCCUGUCUCUGGUGGAUAAGGACUUGGACUCGUUCAGUGAAGGCAGCCUCGGCUCUCACUUCGAGUUCCCGGACUACUGCACACCGGAGCUGAGCGAGAUGAUCGCAGGGGACUGGCUUGAGGCCAACUUCUCCGACUUGGUGUUCACCUACUAACAGGCCCAUUUGCCCUCGGUUAGCGAGGAGACCGGCGCAUCUUCAGGUUCUUUCAGACUUGCCUCUUGGGCUUGUGCCCCUUCCGGGUAGCGUGAGGAGGAAACGGAAGCGGCCGCGCCACUACAAAGGUGACAUGGCACGAGAAAAAAAAAUUGCAAAGUUUUGUCACCGUCACAGGGUUUUUAUGGGUGUUUAAUUGAGUGUGAGACCGCAGAUGGAGAGCAAAAUGUCAAAGCUGAACUAUGCAUUCACAUCCCACCUGAUGUGUCUACAGAGAGCUGAAACUGCAGCUGACCCUCGGAUGGAGGCGAGUCUACACCACUUCAGGAUGUUCACUUUUCCAGAGGGUUUUAUGUGACCUUUUUUCUUUUCUGUAUGCCACAAAUUCGUUUUUUUGUAACCCUCCAGCCAAUGGAGAUGUGGAGAUUAAAACUGUUAGGACACAGGUAUGGCAGGACGAGUUUUUGAUACAUAACCAACAUACCUCAUCUUUUAAAAAAAAAAAAAGUGAAAUAUUUUCUGGCAUAUUUUUGUACAGUUAAAGGGAAUGUUCUUACUGUGCUCUCAGUGAGGUUUCUUCAGGCACUUCUACCCGGUUUCAUUGAUUUCAAGCAUGCAAGAGUUUAAUGACAUCAUCUUUGCAUCUUCAAAAUGCCUUGGUAUGAUUUCACAUUCGAGGCUGUGUACAGGUGUAGAUCUGACCAUGCGUUUCUCUAGAGAUGUACAAUGGAAUUGGGAAAUUCUAGGCCUUUUUGCUGGUACUAGAUUCAAGAUUGUAUAUGUUCUGUAAUAUAGUAAAAGCUAGGAGUUUAUGUAUAUCAGUGUGAAUGGGUCCCAAAUAGCAGGUGUGAAACUUGGAAAUAAAAAAAAAAUUGUUUUGCAUUUUUACCAUCUUAAUGGCAUUUUUAUUUUUCAUUAUUUUGUGCAAUAUACUCUUGAAAUGGACCAUCUGCGUUUUUGUAGCAAAGGAAAAUGCGUUACAUGUCGUCAUGCUGAAGUCUGUAUCUUGACAAAUAAAUCAGCUGGAACUGA